GAAGGAAUGUAGCGGACAGUAGAUUUUAUGAUUAUAUUGCGAUAAUGUAUGUACAUGUAGGUCAUGUUUUAAUGUUUAUUUAAAGAGCAACAAAGGUUAAGGAGAAUAUGAAAGUCAAGUUACUACUAACGUUAUGCCUUAUUCAGUCAUCAUUAGUUGUUGGUGAUUAUGAUUGCAUGUGUAACUAUAAUGUCGAACAAGGUGUUUACCCGAGCCCAGACCCGAGCGGACAACCUUUAGGGUAUAUGUAUGAGUUUGACUGUAAGCCGACCACGCAAAUACAGCAAAACUCCGACAAAUUCUACACUAUCCAGUUUGAGAAGCAGAUAGGUUAUGUUCCCGAAAGUCAACAAACCCGGCUUCAGACAUGCCCUGGUCAACCAUCAAGUACAGAUCUCAUUCCUCAAACAACAAGUGCAGCGGUAACAACAUUAACAACAACAACUACUACAAGCACUACGACACCAAAACCAACCACAAUUACAACUACUGGUAAAAUGACGACUUCUACAACCACACCAACGCCUACAACUUCAACUACCACGCCAAUUCCGAAGACACCUACAACCACGCCCAUACAAACGACACGUACAACCACACCUAUUCCAACGACACAUACAACCACGCCCAUUCACACGACACCUACAACCACACCCAUUCAAACGACACCUACAAGCAAGCCCAUUCCCACGACACCUACAACGACACCCAUUCCCACGACACCUACAACCACGCCUAUACCAACGACACCUACAACCACAACAACAACAACGACGACAAGGAUAACGACGCAGUUCGUUUACUGGUCACUGGCAGCUAAUGUAACGGGUACGCCGUACCAGUAUAUAGGCGCUGGUUAUAAUCUCCUGACAGGUAACCCUGGUGUCACGAGGGACCCGGGCUUUCUGACGUCACAGCGUAUCUUUCAGUUAACCGGGAACUCAAGCAAUGUGAGGGAAGCGGUUUAUGACAAACAUUCCACGUGUAAUAGAAAAACAUACACAGCGAUGUUACAUGGCUCCAAGGCGUAUCAGGAUGAGCUGAAAACAUCGGUCAAACCAAGCGCAACACACCCAAUCAAUCUAAGUGACAAAGCAUUUACACACACCGACCAGUUCGAGUCAAUGCGUCAGACGUUAGACCAGUCAAGCCAGAUUGUUGUCAUAGACAAAACAACCACAUGCAGUUAUGGAACUGUUCAAUAUCUUACGGAAAAUGUCACCACAGGGCACUUUUCUGUCACUCGUGAAUUCGCAAAAGACAUGUGCUCUUUACCCGCUGUGAUGACAACUUCCGGUCUCGUGAAUUACAUGCAGUUUCUAGACAAAUGGGGAACGAGUAUCGUAACACGUGUUGAUCUGGGUACUAAGACUGUUGAUCGUUACCAAACAACGCCCGUGCAAAUAUACCAGCAUGUGCAGCAAACGGAUUUUAAUCUGUUAAGACAAGAUGGCGCCUAUGAAGGUUUUAGCUCUUCAGUGUCCAUAAACACAAAUGAUUACCCCAACAGUAAAGCUGGGAUGAGUACAAUCGGAACACACCGGGCAACAUCGAUGGGUUCUGUAUUACACCAAAUACCAAUCAGUGCUGACCUGAUAUCCAUUUCUGACGCACUAAAUCUGGCAUAUUGGAAGCCGAUAGCAGACGAGCUUGUGAAGGAGGGAAUCUGUCCGGAUAGUAUUUUAAGCACCGGAAUGUCUCAAUAUUUUGCCAACAUGAAAUCAGCGCUUCAACAAUAUCCCGCCUACAAAUAUUCGCAGACGACACAUAAAUAUUCACAUAUCCUUAUAGAUCGCCCUGUAGUUCAGGUACCCAUCACGUGGCCAUUGGGUACCUAUGGAUUAAUGAAGGCUACUAAUGGUUGCCCAGGUGACAACACUCGCUGGCAGGAGGGUUGGAGGAAGUUCGAUACAGAAGACACUUUUAGUUCCCAUAAUUCAUUCUCGUCCGGGAUUCAACAUUACCUGUCAGGUGAUUUUCACAGUAAUGAUAUAAUUACCCGAUUUUGUAUGAAGACGAGUGGACACAGUAUAACAGGAGGUCAUUAUGACCAGCAGUGGCCUCGGGGAUCUUACUGUCUACUGAAGAAAGGCUCAUGUCCGUCAGGUUUCAGUAGCGGGUCAAUAUUUUGGGAUGAUGAAGAUAUAACUAACCAUAAUGCUGCAGGCGGUAUUUUGCCUGAUGGUACAUACAACAAAAACACUAACAUGUUUUUCUGCUGCAGGAAUGAUGGGUCUUCAUCUACUAAACUGUUAUUGCCGACAGAUCACACAUUUGUACUGAUCAAAUAUAGACAAAGCUGUCAAUCAGUGUUCGGAAUGAGCGUGCACGAAGUUUACGUGCGUUGGGACGACGAAAAUACGUUUAACAAAGAUAAAUCGUCCGGAGCCCACCCCCUUGAUGAUGGCGGAAGUAAAGAUCACAAGAUUCAUUUUUGUAUUUAUCAGAAACAAUCCGGACCGGGUAUCAUUGGAUAAUCCUUUGCUUUGUGCACAUUUCAUUGAAAUCUGUGAUUAAGAAAAUAUAAAAACACAUAAAUUAUAA